AUGCUUCAGUCCUCCAACCUCGACCCUCGCUCCAUCGUCGUCGACCCCAUCGAGCCGCCCCCCUUGGCAUUCAGCGCUGGCCAGGAGAGCCUCUUCAACGAACAUGCCAGCCACUACCAGCUCACCGGCCCCUCCUGGCAGCAGGCCCGCCGGGUCUGCCAGACCACCGGCGACGACAACCGCUUCUACGCCCUCGUCUGCUACUUGACUUGGCUCCACCAAAACCCGACCAACCCGCCUCCUCAAUCGUCCGCCCAGUUCCAGAACUCUCAAUCUCUCUCUGCCGCCUCGGGCUGGGUCCCGACCUCCAGACUCCGGGAACACACCCGAUUCACCGCCCAACUGAUCAUCAUCAGACCCGACCUGGAGGCGUACACCGCAACCAAGGACUCCGAAGACCGGGUCCUCCAAAAGUCCUUCCAGAACCUCGUCAUCAAGCACUUCACCGACCAGUCCGAUGCCUUCAGGAUCGCUAACCUGCCCCCCGGAUUCCCCUCCACUUCGUCCCCCGAACCGGCCAACAAAUUGUUUAACUUCAUCCGCGAAAUCAUCAAACAUAACCGCGAUAGCUUCAGGAAACAGCUAUUGAAAAACAUAUUACCAGAAGACGGAGAUUAUCCUAAAAAACCGAUCCCAAGUCUCGACGAGUUGAUUGUCCAAUUAUUGACGGCCGCCUCCUCUCCUGGACACCUGCCGGUGCCGAGCGAGAUCUUGAGCAAAGUAGACGAAUCGCAAAGGAUGAGAUUCGCUUACUUACGCUUGGAGGCGAUCCGAUUCUACGCCGGCCCGUCUCCGAAAAACAAGCGCAUCUCGCAAUGGUCGAUCAUCGACAACCAGCUCGAGUUCCUGCGCCGCCAGGAGCCCAUCUACCAACAAGCGUUUUUCGGCCUGAUGGUCGAGAAAGAUAGCGAGCUGUUCGGCUCCGGCCAGGCUUACUUUAGGGACUUGGAAACCAACGUCGAUUGGGAGAUGCCCAUCGACAAACAUAUCCGCCAACGCGCUGAACACCUCCACAAAUCCUUCUAA